AUGUAUGGACUUGUCAAGGAAUAUGCUGAUAUAUUCCUAGACAAGAUGCCGGACGAAUUGCCAUCUGUCAGAGGCAUUCGUCAUGUGAUUGACAUACUUCCUGGUUUGAAGUAUUGUAUCACACGGCAGUGGCCGUUGCCAAAAGAACAAGUCAUUGCGAUUGACGAAUUCUUUGCGCAGCGACAGAAGGCUGGUCAUGUGCGUGAAAGUAAGUCUCCGUAUGGUAGUCUAUAUUUCUCUGUGAUGAAAGCCACAGAUGGUUGGCGCACUGUUCACGCUUUCAAUAAAUUGAGCGAUGCGACCAUACCUGUCCAGACUCCGAUUCCUCGCAAGGAUAUGACUCCUGAUGGAAUGUUUGGCAGUACUAUAUUCAGUGCGAUCGAUCUGAAAGAUGGGUUUUGUCAGAUACGAAUGCGCGAAAGUGAUACAGCACUAACUACAGUCAGUACCCCCAGUAGUAUGCUGUGGAAAUGA